AUAGCUUAUCCGUUGGAAAAGAAAAAAGAAAUGCGACAUGAACAGGAGAGCGGGAACAGGAACAUGCGGAACUUUUGGACCGGGGUGGUAGCAGUACCUGCCUCAACUCGCAUGUCCCGAUCUGUCCACGGCUUCCUUGCACUUGCAUUAGAAAGCAAGCCACCUCCAGUUCCCCGUCGUUCUUGUGCAGCACCUUCGCCUUUUAACACGCAGGCACAGGCAAGGCAGGUACCUACGCCAAUCCUCGUCUCCUCUGUGGAAAAGGUACCUCACCACCACCUUCACAACCUGUUUCUGUUGGUCAGUCUUGAGAUUUUCAUUCCGCCAUCACCUCAGACAUUUCAUCCGUCGCUCAACCAAUCCACUGGUUCAUUGCAACCACUUCUGCUUUUCGGGGCCGGCCAAUUCCUCGGGGUUCUGGGAGAGACCCAGUCGAACUACCUUACGAAUGCCCUCUCGUUGACCAUCAUCGAGGAUCGACUUCGGCGCAUAUCCCAGCUGUUCGCACGCGACCAUCACGACCCUCACGACCCUCACGACACCCAUGUCGUGCUCGCCGAGGCCCAAGGCACUACGAAUGCAUCUACGAAUACUCCGUACAUAUCGAGUACCUCUCAGCGGCCACAACCCAAGCUUUCUAGCAGUGCUCCCUACACCACACACCCUGCCGGUCUGGACGUGCUUUCGAAGAAAACCUCUGUCAUGGUUCGACGCACACCCUUUCCCAUGCUCAAUGCUGGGCUCGAGUGUCCCAGAAAUGCAGGUUGCGAGCUGCAAACUGCCACGCCUCAUGACUUCAUGCACAAGGAGAGAAGCCAACGGUCCAGCAAACAAGCUGAAAGCCAAUGAGCUCUUGAAGAUUCAAAGACUGCGACAAACCCGCGGCCAUCCCGUUCGCGCCAUGAACCAAUCAUUGGCUCGGAUGCUGUUGGCUGUCUUGUCAAAUAACACCUGGGCAGCGC